AUGGGUGGCGCGGCUGCUGUGGGCAUUGCGGCUGUGGCUGUGCUGCUGCACGGAGCCCUCAGUGCUUGCUGCUCACACGGGCCUCUGGCAGCCAUGAACUGGCUCAGUCUCCUCGUCCUGCUGACCGUGGCCGGGCUGGCCCACAGCAUAGAGUACACCUGCGGAUGGACUUGUGGACUCCGACCCAUGGUGUCUGACUCUGGAUAUAAGAGUCAUGACUACGCCAUGACACGCAUCGUGGGUGGCACAGGUGCCCUGCCAGGGGCCUGGCCAUGGAUGGUCAGCAUCCAGCAUCCCAGGAUACCAGGCACAAAGCAUUUCUGUGGAGGGUCUCUCAUCAGGGCAGAGUGGGUCCUCACAGCAGCCCACUGCUUCGACCUUAUUUUUAACACCAGCUUGAUGUAUGUGGUGAUUGGGGCCACGCAAUUGACUCAGCCAGGACCUGGAGCACAAGUGCGCCAAAUUAAGAAGCUGCUUCGUCACGAAAACUAUAAGAGACAUGACAUGAGCUAUGACAUUGCUUUGCUGGAAUUGAGCCAGCCUGUCCAGUGCAGUCCCUACAUCCAGCUGGCCUGUGUGGCCGAUGCUAUCCUAGGAGUGUCAGUGUCACAGGAGCAUAACUGCUGGGUUGCUGGCUGGGGUGCCACCACUGCAAGAGCUCAAAACUCAAGUGAUCACCUGCAGGAGGCCAUGGUGCACCUCAUCAAUAUCCAACUAUGCAAUAGUACCUUCUGGUAUGCAGGGGAACUGCACCCCUACAACUUGUGUGCUGGUUACCCACAGGGAAACAUCGACACCUGCCAGGGUGACAGUGGUGGUCCUCUCAUGUGCCAGGACAACCACGCUGACUCCUGGUGGGUUGUUGGAGUGACCAGCUGGGGAAAAAGUUGCGGCAGAGCAAGGCGGCCUGGAGUCUACACGUCCACUCAGUACUUCUAUGACUGGAUCCUAUUCCACAUGGGCAAAAAGAAUAUUCAAAGAUUUAGUACUUCAAUGCCUCAUCCCUUGAAGAAUCCAAGGACAGAUUCUGAGACAGGCUCUGAACAACCUUUUCCAGUGCAAGCUAUCUCUCCACGCCCAAAGCAAGGGGAUCAACGCUGGAUGAUCUCCAAAGCUCCCUUCUACCAUAAACCAUUCUAUAGCUCCUCAAUUAGUUACUGCCCCUCCCCCAGUGCCCCAGACCCCCAUCCAGCACUCAGAACACGGAACCCACCGCUCUGUGACAUCAGCCCCUGCACCGAGGGCACCAAGGGCAGCGUGGCUGCUGUGGGCAUUGCGGCUGUGGCUGUGCUGCUGCACGGAGCCCUCAGUGCUUGCUGCUCACACGGGCCUCUGGCAGCCAUGAACUGGCUCAGUCUCCUCGUCCUGCUGACCGUGGCCGGGCUGGCCCACAGCAUAGAGUACACCUGCGGAGGGUCCUGUGGGUUCCGAGCUCCUGUCUACAACCGCAACAUUGCUUUUGACUACGGCAUGACACGCAUCGUGGGAGGCGCAGGUGCCGUGGAAGCAUCCUGGCCAUGGAUCGUCAGCCUCCAGCAUCCCUGGGCACCAUACCUAGGGCAUUUCUGUGGAGGGUCUCUCAUCACUGCAGAGUGGGUCCUCACAGCAGCCCACUGCUUCGAUGAGUAUAAUAACAUCACCAUGAUGUACGUGGUGAUUGGAGCCACCCAGUUGUCUCAGCCAGGCGCUGGGGCCGUAGUGCGCAAUGUCAAGCAGGUGGUGAUACACCCGUACUACAGUUCUGCCGACUACAGCUACGACAUCGCCCUGUUACAAUUGGACUACCCUGUCCUGUGCAGCCCCUACAUCCAGCUGGCCUGUGUGGCUGACCCCGCCCUAAGGGUCUCAGAGCUCUACAACUGCUGGAUUGCUGGCUGGGGUGCCACCACUGCAAGAGCUCAACAGACAGCUGAUCACCUGCAGGAGGCCAAGGUCCAGCUCAUCGAUGUCCAACUCUGCAACAGCAGUGGAUGGUACGCAGGAGCAGUGCACACCCACAACUUGUGUGCUGGUUACCCACAGGGAAACAUCGAUAGCUGCCAGGGUGACAGUGGUGGUCCUCUCAUGUGCCAAGACAACAACGCUGAGUACUGGUGGGUCAUUGGAAUAACCAGCUUUGGAAAAGGCUGCGCCAGGCCAAAGCGGCCCGGAGUCUAUACGUCCAUUCAGCACUUCUAUGACUGGAUCGAGUACAACAUGCAUGCACACGCAAUUGAAAGUGCUUCUUGA